AUGCUCUCCCUUCCUCUCAUCACUCCGCGCGAUUCACACGAACUCUGGUUUGGCUCUUCUCAGUCCCACCGUUACGCUUCGCAUUUUCAUCAACCGGCUGCAGAGACACAGCAAGGACACCCACGUCGCAAUGGUAGCCAUGCAGUGCACGGGCGCACAUUCAUGUCCUCAGCCACCUCCAGCAAUAGUCUGUCGACAUUAAUGCUCGAGGAACGCGCUCUCCGUGCCCGUAAGAACAAUAUCGCCUCAUUCGGGUAUUCCUGGAUUAAGCCCGCGGGAUGCCCAAAAACAAUGCUGGGAAUGAAAGAGGAGGAGGCAGAACGAGAAGAAGCGCUUGCAGCCGCGGCUGCUGAAAUGGCUGCUGCCGCUGCGGCGACCGACCCGGAUAUGGAUGGGCUCGAUGGAGGUCCAAAUGGUCAGAUAGAUGGGGAAGGUCAAGAUGAUACGGUGAUGGAAAGAGAUCUCGAUGAUGACAUACCGGAUGCGGAUGCAGAAGGUCUUGUGGAAGAAGGGGAGGAGGGUCUUGAAGAGGACGACGCCGUGGACGAGGAGGGGUACAUAGAACGAGAUCUAGAUGACGAUAUUCCCGAGGCUUUCCCGGAGGACGAUGACGAUGGAGCUCUAGAGGAAGAGAAUGACUAUGAUUUCGAUAACCAACCGGAUCUGGAUGACGAUAUCCCAAGUGUUGGUUUUGGUCACGGAAGUGAAGGCAUGAGCGAAGAGGAUAUGGGCCGCGAUUUAGAUGAUGAUAUCCCUGAAGCGGACGAGGAUCGAUUUGAGCAAGAAGAAUGGCAACAUACUGACACCGACGCCGAAUUUGACGAUGAAGAAGAUGAAAUUAGCUUUUCGCGGGAUCAUUUUACCCAGAGCCUUCGAGCUAGCACGAACAGCAGUCGCGGGUUUCCACCGGCGGCUGCUCCACAAGAAACGGAGGCCCAGCGGCGAUUCCUUCAACGCUGGAGCGGCGGCGGUGAUGUCCUUAACUCGAGCAUGAUGGUCGAUGAGGAUGAUCUCAGGACGUCUCUAGCCAGUCAAACACGUCGACGGAGUGUUUUUGGUAGAUUUCCUAGACGACGAACAGGAGGUCCUAGAGAUAGCUUCGGUUAA